AUGUCAACGUCAACUGAUGAUCUUCCUCAACGUUUGGUAUCUAUUUCAUUUCAACUUAAUCGAAUCGUUCCUAUAUUUCAACUUAUACUUGGCACGUUUGGCAAUAUUAUGAAUAUUUUCAUAUUUACUCGUCGUUCGCUUCGUACUAAUCCUUGCUCACAUUACUUUUUGGCUUCAUCAAUCAAUAAUUUGUUUGUUCUUUAUGUUGCUUUGCUUACACGUCUUCUUUCAAGUGGUUGGAAAAUUGAUCCAUCAAAUUCUAAUAUUAUUCUUUGUAAAUUAAGAAUCUUUUUUGUUUAUUCAUCUUUAUGUCUUAUACAAUGGUUUGUGGUACUUGCAAGUAUCGAUCGAUUUUUUUCAACUUGUCAUACAAUUCAAUACCGACAAUUCAGUAGUUUAAAAAUAGCUAGAAGAGCAGUUGCAUUAAUUAUUUUGAUUAUAGCUUUAGCACAUUUUCAUACAUUGAUCUGGUGGACCGUUGAUUAUAUUGAUACUGAUCUUUAUUGUAACAUUUUUAUCAGUGAAUAUGAAUUAGCCUUUCAAAUAUUUUUUCUUACUUUUUCUUGUAUGUUACCAAUUAUUCUUAUGAUUAUUUUUGGUAUAUUAAUGAUUUUAAAUGUUCGAAAACUUCAUAUUCAAAUAGCAGCACAAAAUAAUGGUGUCAGAAGCGAUCGUUCACGUUCAAAAGAUCGUCAAUUGGUUACAAUGCUAUUAGUACAAGUUAUUGCUAUGAUUUGCUGUACAGCUCCAUUUGCAACUGUUAAUAUUUUUGAUAUGAUUGUGAGAUACAUGGACAAAAUAAUAUAUAAUCCAAAAAUUAAACAAUUUUUUGACAAUAUAUGUCGAUUAAUAUUAUAUUUGAAUCCAAUGAUUGGAUUUUAUAUUUAUACAUUAUUUAGUCGAGCAUUUCGUACUGAAACCAAGCGUUUAAUUAAAAAUGGAUUUCAGUAUGUAUAUGAAAAAUCUGGCUUACAAAGAUGCUUUUUAACACAUCAACAAAAUCAAACAACAGUAUCUAAUCAACCAGCAUUGCAAUGGGUUAAAAAAGUUCGAAGCAAUCAGAAUCCGAUUAAGUAUUAA